AAGUGAGAAGCACCCACUUUGUUCUGGCUCGGACACUGGGACAGCCCACUUCCACACAUUAUUCUAAUAUAUUUAACAACCAGGCUCUUCUCCUUUCGCACAGAACAGGACAGACAAUGAAGACAGUCACUGAAAACCAGGGGCUCUGUUGGCAUAACUGAGAACAUCAAGGACGAGCACAAGGACAAAGGCCCGGCUGCCCAUGGACAAGGCUGAUUUCUCAGAGCGUAAGGCUUCCAAGCAACGGGAGGGCUUCCCUGACGAUGGGGGUUUCUCCCAAACUAAGCUACAUGCUGAUCACAAUUUUUCCUCGGAAAACAACAUCCUGGGUGUCUCAGAUCGAGUGAUUCCAACAGCAGAGGACCCUCAAGAGAGGACUGCCCAUGAAGGGACGUGCAGAAAUGCAGGCACGGUUAUGACUCUGGGUAAAACGACUGAACACGCUGCCAAGAAAAAAUCUGAUGAAGAGCAAUGCUGCCCCCCAACUCUUCACAUCCCAGCUAAGAAAGGGGACCGUUCAAAGUCAGACCUUUCUGAUGUUUUGCAGCAUCAUUUUUCCAAAGAGGAGCUUUUAAAAGGCCAAGGCAGUCAUUGUGAAACUCUCCCAGAGGUCUCCGGUGCGGACAGUCUUGAUGAAGCCAUUGUUAAAAGUUUUAUUUUGCAUUAUGUUAAGAGUUUUUGGCCAAAAGAACCAACCCCAGAACUCGCUGACCAGCUCAACCCCCUGAGGGAAGGUGACAUGGGCAGUGAGCCCAGCUGUUGCCCCACCAUGACAGCAGAAAACACCUCUGAGACAGAAGAGCCAGUGGCUGCGGGAGACGGCAGCCUUCCACAAAGUUCCACUUUUCUAACUAAAUCCAAGAGUCCAAGCAAUAAACAAAAAGGCUGCCAAGGGCAGAAACUGCAGACGGAAAACACAAGAUCAGGCCCUGGGUUCAAAUAUGGCCACGUCUGUUACCGGUUCUCUGAUCGCUCUAGUGUUGCUCCCCAAGUGAAAAUCCCUAAAAAUAAUACGAUUGAUAAACCGCUUCUAACAGAUAAACAAGCCAGCUUUUCUCCUGAACUGAGAGCUGGGUUAGCUCUUGGGCAAGAAAUUCCAGAAGGCAUGGCUAGGCCAGACCAUGCUGAGAAGGAAGAGCAGGAAAGGAAGACUGGGGACCGCUCCCAGCAGACAGAGAUCAGUGUGGGAGGAACAGGAUCUGAGACAUGCCCCUGGAAGCUGUCAUCAACCUCUCAGAAAGACCCUUCCUUGAGUUCUUCCAUAUUCCAGAAGAUAUCCCAAGGGAGAGAGAUGUGCCAGAAGCUAAAAGAACAGACUGAUCAGCUGAAGACUAAAGUGCAAGAAUUUUCCAGAAGCCUAGUACAGGACUCCCCCAACUACGAGCAAGACGAGAGGCUGGAGCUGCAGAAACUGCAGGCACAUCUGGAACUGCUGAAGCAGGAGUUUGUGGCUGAGGAGCAGCUGACUUUGGAACAGCAAGUCCACAAGCCUAAAUCCCCAGCUGUCAGUGACUAUGACCCCAAAAGGAAAGCGGAAGGUGAAGUCUCCAGGAUGGAGAUGCUACUUGAAGAUGUUGAAGGGAAGGCUGACGAAGGCAAACACACUUCAGCUGGCUCUCUUCCCGAGCGUUCGCCAACCCCCCAAGGUGGCCUGCCAUCCGCAUCCUCUCCACCCUCAGAUGAGGUCACUUCCUGGGUCACAGCUGCAUCUGUGUGCUUUGUGGUGCAGGACCCCCGCCACACCUCCGCCUCCGGAAGGCAGCAAUGUGCAGAGACAACCGGCCGGAGCUGUGCCUUCUGCCACCGGGUCCUCGAAUGGAAGCAAACCCUGGAGAAAGGCCACAGAAGGACCAGCUGUGGAGGGCUUCCCCUUGCCCUUCAGGAAAAGGCACCUUAUCCAGACUCACUUCUCGGUCCCGAUACAGGACUCCGCGGCUCUUCUGCUCCCGGCGCUGGGCUGCAGAGCAACACCUGCGAGACCUGUGGUACUAGGACUCCCAACUGCCCCAGAGGCGGCCGGAAAGAACCACUUAAAGAAUUUCAUUACAGAUACGACACCCCGGGACAGAAUUACUUAAAUCAUAGCAAAGGGAGAGCCUUUGUCCAGUUCCACUUUUUAAAUGAAAAUAAGAAUUCUCCACCUUCUUAUUCAAAACCAAACUGGAUCUGUUCCCAGAGAGCAAAUUCAAAAUCCUCUCAAGAUGAGCGUGAGCCCAAACCAGGAAAAAAAACCCUUAAGGCUCCCAUGACCUCCGCUUCAGACCUAGCUACAUCCUCCCCCCAUUUCCACUCUGGCAGGGUUUCUGGAAGCCAAUCCUUAAGCAACGUUAGCAAUGACGAAGAAACGAAAUCUGAGGGUUUAGCCACGUCUCUGGACCAUGCCCUGAGGACAGCCAACAUUUUGAAAGAAACAACUGAUCAAAUGAUCAGAACUAUUGCAGAAGAUCUCGCCAAACUACAGAGAUGGAGGAAUCGACUGAAAUACUAGUUUGAUGCAAGGUGACUGGGGAUGUGAGAAAAAAAGAAAGGCAAAGAAAACUUAAUCUUCCCCUCAAAUUAUUUUACUUAUUACACAAUUUAGAAGGAUAAAUUUCUAGAGAAAAUGCCAAAACCAUAAGAAAUGGGGAACACAACGGUACUUAAAUGAGAAAAAAGGGACCUCUGAUUCUUAUACUCUAAUCAACAAGUAUUUAUUUUAAAAUAAAUCUGUUAUUCCUAACACAUAAGAGAAAUUAAAACAUA